CCCAACUGCAAACUCCAUCACGAUGUCGACACUAACGUGUUUCUUUCUCCAACUUGUUUUCUUCUCCAUUCGUCAUCCUAUCAAGAUUCUACUAUUUAGUUACUCUCAUUCAUUCAUGUCUUUUGAGUUUACGAGAAUACUUCCCUUUACGCUAACCUUUUCAUGAUCCCGACGAAACCUUCUUAGUCACUCAAUGUUCUUCAUCGAUGUUCUUUGGAACUUUUUCCCUCUAUACUUCUUCGGAUCAGAAAGAGAUUCUCUCUCAGCAACAGAGUCCAUAGUUUCUGAGACAAUGGCUGCUUCUUGCAAUGCCGCCGAGUCUGACCUUUGUCGGGACGACACCGCCGCGUUUCUGCUAAAGUUAGUAGCCAUUGCUUCCAUUCUCUUAGCUGGUGCUGGAGGUGUAGCUAUACCACUCGUUGGUAGAAACCGCCGGUUCCUUCAAACAGACAGUAGUCUCUUUGUGGCUGCUAAAGCCUUUGCAGCUGGUGUGAUCCUCGCCACGGGGUUUGUUCACAUGCUGGCCGGUGGCACGGAAGCUUUGAACAACCCGUGCUUACCGGAGUUUCCUUGGUCUAAGUUUCCUUUCCCAGGGUUCUUUGCAAUGGUUGCUGCUUUGCUCACUCUGCUUGUGGAUUUCAUGGGGACUCAGUACUAUGAGAGGAAGCAGGAAAGGGAAGCUACUGAUCUGUCUGGUGAACAGUCUCCAAGUAUCGUUGUUGUUCCGGUGGUUGCUGAAGGGAAUGAUGAUAAAGUGUUUGGAGAAGAAGACAGUGGAGGGAUACACAUUGUUGGCAUCCAUGCUCAUGCUGCUCACCAUACACAUAGUCACCCUCAAGGUCAUGGACAUAAUAAAGUCGACAUUGAUCAUGCUCAGGGACACGGACACGCGCACAGAGGUUUUGAGCUUGGAAGCGGAGCAAGGCAUGUCGUUGUGUCUCAGGUUUUGGAGCUUGGAAUCGUGUCACACUCCAUUAUCAUCGGUAUAUCACUUGGAGUAUCUCAAUCUCCAUGCACAAUCCGGCCUCUAAUCGCAGCACUAUCGUUCCACCAAUUCUUUGAAGGGUUUGCGCUCGGUGGUUGCAUCUCCCAAGCACAGUUCAGGAACAAGUCAGCGACCAUAAUGGCUUGCUUUUUCGCCCUCACAACACCGAUAGGGAUCGGUAUUGGAACUGCAGUGGCGUCUUCUUUCAACUCUCACAGCGUCGGAGCGUUGGUCACAGAAGGUAUCUUGGAUUCUCUCUCAGCAGGGAUACUUGUGUACAUGGCUUUAGUGGAUCUAAUAGCUGCUGAUUUCUUGAGUAGGAGGAUGAGUUGUAACUUUAGGCUUCAAAUAGUUUCUUACAUGAUGUUGUUCCUAGGAGCUGGACUCAUGUCUUCUCUUGCUAUUUGGGCUUAGAUUGUGAGAUUAUUUCUUCUGUAAUAGCUCGUAGCUACAAACAAUUAUGUAUAGUUCUAGAAUAAUCAAUCUCGAAUGUAUUUUCUUGAUUCUUCGAACAGCAUUUAAUGUUGAGUUGAGGGUAAGUAAUGCACUGUUUCAAACUCAGUAUGUUGGGUUUGUAUUUUAAUUAUUUUGUAGUAACCCAUGCCUAAAACCAUUAUUGUAACUUUGUCCCACA